CUGAGACCCAGGGAGCAGAAUUAACGAGCAAAUUGAAACAGACUCUUAACUAUUGCACCUUCAACACAUUGUCACGCACUGUGUUUGCUGUGUGUGCACCUUAAAAGUGCUGGCUGAGUUUACCGGUUUAGACGCAGGAUGUCCAACAACAUGGCCAAGAUUGCAGAUGCUCGAAAGACUGUCGAACAACUGAAACUGGAGGUCAACAUAGAGAGAAUGAUGAUAUCCAAAGCAGCAGCUGAGCUGAUGGCCUACUGUGAAGCUCAUGCCAAAGAGGACCCCCUGGUGACACCAGUACCUUCUUCUGAGAACCCGUUUCGAGAGAAGAAGUUAUUCUGUGUAAUACUAUAACAACCACAUGUACAAGACAAUUGUCUACAACAUUCAGUUUUGUAAUUAAAGUAGCUCUUUGGUGACUAGCUGUACCUGAGGAAUGAUCACAUUUGAACAUGAUAAUGACGGCAAUAAAGAUUGAUUGAAAAUGGGUGCAAAGUCCAUUUAAGGCCAGUGCUGCUGCCUCUCCUUGUGCACACAGUUUGUACCUGAGCCUAUAUUAACUCAAAUGCAUAGCCAAGUUCUCACUAAAUGUCAUUUGUG